ACUUCUGUCAAACUUCUCGCGGCUCUUUUGCGAUCUUUAGCGGUUAUCGAUAUCCACUAGUAUGAGUAUAAAUACCAACGUAUGAGUAUAAAUUCUCCGUCGAUGAUAGAGAGUGACGAAGAAGAAGAAGAAGAAGAAGAAGAAGAGAAAGAAGACAGACGAGAGGUGCUGGAAAAAAAUCAACAAUUUGUCGAUGACACCGUAGAUACGAGAGCUCGUAACGUGCGCGUAGAGAGGGAGAGAGGGAGAGAGAGAGAGAGAGAGAGAGAGAGGAAGCGAAUCUUUUAUAUUUUUAUUCUCAUUUAAGUGGGAUAUAUUCGACGUUUAUUGCAUUUAGCGAUAUCCGCUUGUACGUUUGUAUCUCAGCAACUGAAAACAUGUCCAAUAAAUUUGAAACCACUUACAGAUUGAAGACUACCGAGGACAGUGGAGAUGAAGAGUCCCAAUCAAAGGAUAAUCAAAAGGUUGACAAGGGUCCACUACCUCCAAUAGAAAUAAGUCCAAACGAGCAUAAAUUACAGUAUGCUUACGCACUGUGGUACAGUCGACGUAGUCCUGGCAAACAAACUAGCAUACAAAGUUACGACCAAAAUUUGAAGUUGGUCGGUAGAUUUGCAAGUGUGGAGCAGUUCUGGGGUCUUUAUAGUCACUUGGUACGACCUUCGGAACUGACAACGCAUACAGAUUUUCAUCUCUUCAAAGUUGGCAUAAAGCCUAUGUGGGAAGAUGAAGCCAAUCAAAAAGGUGGUAAAUGGAUAGUAAGAUUACGCAAAGGCUUAGUAUCUAGAUGCUGGGAGAAUCUUAUAUUGGCGAUGUUAGGAGAACAAUUUAUGGUAGGAGAAGAAAUAUGCGGAGCUGUUGUAUCUAUAAGGUUUCAGGAGGACAUAAUUUGUGUAUGGAAUAAGACAGCGUCGGAUGUAGCGACAACAGCGCGAAUUAGAGAUACAUUAAGAAGAGUAUUACAUCUUCCAACUAGUGCCUCUAUGGAGUACAAAACCCACAAUGAGAGCUUGAAGAAUGUACAUCGGCUCUAAAUUUGUAUGAUUUUCAGAGCGAGACAUUACGAGUCUUUGAGCAAAUUUACAGCUCCGAUUCGUAUGUCCCGGAAGAUCGCACAUCUGUUUGACAGGAUAUAAAUAAGACGCUGAAAAAUCGGAAACAUCCACUUGACGAUACACUUUAUUCACGAGUGUCUGUAUUGUAACUUAUGUAAAUAAUAGAUACACAUUGGUAAUAAAUAAAUGCUCUUAUUUCCAAUCUGUGCAAUAUGGAAAUAACUUGUUAUUACGAUUGUUCUUAUACACACUUUAUCCAACUUCGCAAAAAGAAAUUGAAACAAAAUUUCCUCUUUUUCUCUCUGAUUUCUCUCUUUUCCGUACUUAAAGCUUCUUCAUUGAUCGUCAAAGAUCAGAGUAGAUUCGCUCCAUUGCUCUAUAUUGC